AUGCCUCAAGCUACAGAACUCAAAUCUUGGAGUGCUCUCCAAUCACAUCAUGAUUCGGUUGGACGAAACUUUGUUCUCAAAGAAGAAUUCAAAAAGGAUCCCCAACGAUUCGACAAAUUCUCCAAGACAUUCAAGAACCCUGCCGAUAAUUCCGAGAUUCUCUUUGAUUUCUCCAAGAAUUUGAUCAAUGAAGAUACCAUCAAGGCAUUGGUGGCCGUUGCGAAAGAGGCUGGAUUGGAGAAAUUGCGCGAUGAUAUGUUUGCGGGUGAGAAGAUCAACUUCACUGAGGAUCGUGCCGUUCUUCAUGUCGCCUUGAGAAAUGUUACAAGUGAACCUAUCAAGGUGGAUGGUCAAGAUGUUAUGCCAGGUGUCAAUAAGGAGUUGAAGCAUAUGGAGGAGUUUUCCGAACAGAUCAGAAGUGGAGAGUGGAAGGGUUUUACUGGAAAGCCAUUGACUACCAUUAUCAACAUUGGUAUUGGUGGUUCGGAUCUUGGUCCAGUUAUGGUUACUGAAGCUCUCAAGUUCUAUGGUGCGAGAGAUCAAACCCUUCAUUUCGUUUCGAAUAUCGACGGUACACAUAUGGCUGAGGCAGUGAGAAAUUCUGAUCCUGAAACUACCCUCUUCUUGGUCGCUUCCAAGACUUUCACCACGGCAGAGACUGUCACCAAUGCCAAUUCUGCUAAAGAUUGGUUCUUGAAGAAGACUGAUGGAAAGGGUGAUAUUGCUAAGCACUUUGUUGCUCUCUCUACCAAUGAAUCCGAAGUUACCAAGUUUGGUAUUGAUGCUAAGAAUAUGUUCGGAUUCGAAAAUUGGGUAGGAGGUAGAUACAGUGUUUGGAGUGCAAUUGGUUUGAGUGUGGCUAUUCACAUUGGAUUCAAGAACUUUCAUGAAUUGUUAUCUGGAGCUCAUGCUAUGGAUAUGCAUUUCAAGAAUACUCCACUCGAGGAGAAUAUUCCAGUUCUUGCUGGUCUUUUAAGUGUUUGGUAUUCUGAUUUCUAUGGUGCUCAAACUCAUUUGGUUGCUCCAUUCGAUCAAUACCUUCACCGAUUCCCCGCUUACCUCCAACAACUUUCCAUGGAAUCUAAUGGUAAAGCCACCUCCCGUGAUGGAAAGAUUGUUCGUUACACAACUGGUCCAAUUCUUUUCGGUGAACCAGCUACCAAUGCUCAACACUCUUUUUUCCAACUUGUUCACCAAGGUACAAAAUUGAUCCCAACCGAUUUCAUCAUGGCUGCCGAAUCACACAACCCAAUCGAUAAUAACAAACAUCAAAAGAUGUUGGCAUCAAACUUCUUCGCUCAAGCUGAGGCUCUCAUGAUUGGAAAAGGAGAAGAAGAAUUAAAGGCCGAAAACACACCAGCUGAAUUAUACAAACACAAGACAUUCUUAGGUAACAGACCAACUACAUCAAUUCUCGCCCAGAAAAUCACUCCAGGAACUCUUGGUGCUUUGAUUGUUUACUAUGAACAUCUUACAUUCACAGAAGGAGCUGUUUGGAACAUUAACAGUUUUGAUCAAUGGGGUGUGGAAUUGGGUAAGAGUUUGGCUAAGAAAAUUCAAGAGGAGUUGGAUGUUUCUGGGAAUGUUGGAGAACAUGAUGGUAGUACUGGUGGGUUGAUUGCGGCUUUUAAGAAGAAGUCUAAUAUCUAG